AUGCCACACACUGUUUCGCCCUCUGAUACUCCCGCUAUGCCGACCGUCGUCGCGAAAACCCCCUCCGGCGUUCCCCCCACCACCGAAGAGAUUUCUUCGCUUCUCAACACCAUCUUUACCGCUGAGACGUCCCAACAGUCCCUUGAUGGCUCCUACGCACUCACAAACCUGCUGAUCCAGGGUGCUGGGUCGACCGGUCUGCUGAACUACAGUGUCCUGGCCGAAGCGAAGAAGGCGGCCACCGACAAAAAGAAUGGCGCCAAGCGUGAGAGUGCCAUGCUGAUCUUCGGCGCUCUGUUUGAGCGAUUCCCUCGCGAAUUCCCUCUCAGCGAGGCCAUUUUCCUGCUGCACAACGGUGGUAUUUUUGACGUUGUCCUGGACUCCCUCGCCGAUAAGGGUGCCGUGGUCCGCGAUGCCGCACAAUAUGCUAUCGAUGCCUUGUACGCCUGCCUUAGCCCCGAGGCCAAGGCCAACGCCUUGCUCCCCGCCCUGGAGGCAUAUCUGGUCAAGGGUAGUGGCAAGUGGCAAGGAUUUGUUGGUGGAUACAAGCUUCUGGAGAAGAUGGCUGCCGGAGCCCAGAUGGGUAACGGCACCAAGGAGGAGGAGCAGGAGAAGGAUGUGCUGCGGGAGGCCAUGGGCAAGACCCUGAAAGAAUUAAUUCCUAUCGUCGAGUCGGGCAUGCAUGAUCUCAAGAAUGAAGUUGCGAAACAGUCCGUCAAGACUAUGAACCAGCUGACCACUCUGCUUUACAACGACGAUGUCGCCCCGCGUAUCCCCUUGCUCAUCAAGACUAUGGAGCAGCCAUCGGCGCAGACUCUGCAGAAAGCCAUCCACGCCCUCUCUCAGACCACUUUUGUCGCAAUCGUCACUUCCCCCGUUCUCGCCCUGCUGACUCCGCUGCUCGAACGUUCCCUUAACGAUCCAACCACUCCCCAAGAAACUCUCCGUCAGACCGUUGUUGUUGUGGAAAACCUGACCAAGCUAGUCCACGACCCUGCCGAGGCCCGUGUUUUCCUUCCCAAGCUUCAGCCAGGUGUCAAGGCAGUCAAGGACCGCGCCUCACUCCCCGAGGUCCGUGAGUUGGCCACUCGUGCUCUGGAUGUCAUGGAGAAGGCGAUGCAAGAUAACGAUGUCGCUAUGGGUUCCGUCACCAAGACCACUCCCGAAGAUGUUCUUGCUGUCCUAAACUCUAAAAUUCAGGAGCAUGCCGGUUUUGUCAGCUUCGGUGAUGUCAAGUUCUCUGAACUAGCCAAGAACUUUAUCGCCAGCAUGAUCCGUGAGGAUGUCAACUGCCGUAUGAUGGACCGCAUUCCCUCGUGUAUCGGUCCGUACCUGAAGGCUUUGAUCCCGGAGGAGAAUCUUGAGGCCAUCAGCACUGCGGUGCAGAAGCACUACAUCGAAGAGGAUGAGCGCAAGUUUGGCAAGCCUGUCCAGGAGGACCCUAAUGAGGUUGAGAUUGUUAACGCCAACUUCUCUCUCGCCUAUGGUGGUAUGCUUCUGCUGUCUCACACCAACCUGCGCCUGCUUAAGGGUCACCGAUACGGACUUUGUGGCCGCAACGGUGCCGGCAAGUCGACGCUGAUGCGUAGCAUCGCCAAUGACAAGCUGGAGGGUUUCCCUCCACCCGAGGAGGUUCGCACCUGCUUUGUCGAGCAUAACCAGGGUGAGGAUGCCGACCUCAGCAUUCUGGAGUAUGUCUCUAAGGACCCCAAGGUCGCCGCCGAGGGCCAGGAGCACAUCAAAGAGGUUCUUCUGGAGUUCGGCUUUACAGAUGGCCCCGAUGGCCGUCAGUCUCAGCCUGUUGGAUCGCUGUCCGGUGGUUGGAAGAUGAAGUUGGCUCUUGCCCGUGCCAUGCUCAUGAAGGCUGAUGUCCUGCUGCUGGACGAACCGACUAACCACCUCGACGUUGCCAAUGUGAAGUGGCUCCAGGAGUAUCUGAAAAAGCACACCCAAAUUACCAGUCUGAUCGUUAGUCACGAUUCCGGCUUCCUUGAUGAAGUUUGCACCGAUAUCUACCAUUACGAGCAGAAGAAGCUCGUCUGCUACCCUGGAAACCUGGCGGCUUUUGUCAAGGUUAAGCCCGAGGGCAAGAGCUACUACACGCUGUCCGCCUCCAAUGUGCAGUUCAAAUUCCCACCUCCCGGUAUUCUGUCGGGUAUUAAGUCUCAGACUCGUGCCAUUCUUCGUAUGAGCAAUGUCUCAUACACUUACCCGGGCGCCUCUAAGCCAUCCAUGUCGGAUGCUACGCUGUCGCUCUCUCUCUCCUCUCGUGUUGCUAUCAUUGGAGGUAACGGUGCUGGAAAGUCCACCUUCAUCAAGAUGCUUACCGGUGAGACCAUUCCUCAGACCGGUAAGGUCGAGAAGCACCCCAACCUGCGUAUUGGUUACAUCAAGCAGCACGCUCUGGAGCACGUUGAGAUGCAUCUCGAGAAGACCCCGAGCCAGUAUCUACAGUGGCGUUAUGCCAAUGGUGAUGACCGUGAAGUCUUCCUCAAACAGACCCGUAUCUUGACAGAGGCCGAUAAGGCCCAGCUGGAGAAGCCGGUUGAUUUGGGAGAUGGGCGUGGCGCUCGCCGCAUCGAGGCCAUCAUGGGUCGUCAAAAGUGGAAGAAGUCUUUCCAGUAUGAAAUUAAGUGGAUUGGUCUUCUUCCCAAGUUCAACACCAUGAUUUCUCGUGAGACUCUGUGUGAAUUGGGCUUCUUCAAGAUGGUCCAAGAGUUUGACGACCACGAGGCCUCGCGUGAGGGUCUUGGUUUCCGUGUUCUUGAGCCCAAGACAAUUUCUAAGCAUUUUGAGGAUGUUGGUCUGGACCCCGAGAUUGCUAACCACAACGAAAUUUCUGGCCUCUCGGGUGGUCAAAAGGUCAAGGUCGUGCUGGCUGGUGCCAUGUGGAACAACCCCCACUUACUGGUGCUGGACGAGCCGACUAACUUCCUGGACCGUGAUUCUCUGGGUGGUUUGGCUGUCGCCAUUCGCGAUUUCAAGGGUGGUGUGGUUAUGAUUUCUCACAACGAGGAGUUCGUCGGUGCCCUCUGCCCGGAGCAGCUGCACAUUGCCGACGGCCGUGUCGUCAGCCGUACCAACACCGCCGUCAAUCUGGACCGCUUUGAGGACAGUGCCACCAACUCGCCUACUGGUACUGGUACUCCCGCCGCUGCCUCAGCCAACACCAGUGCUGCUCCGUCCGCCGUUAACUCUGGCGCCGAGGACCAGGGUGAACUCAAGUUCCGCGCCAAGAAGAAGAAGAAGAUGACUCGUGCCCAGCAAAAGGAACGUGAGGCUCGCCGCCGCCUGCGACACAUCGAAUGGCUCAACUCUCCCAAGGGCACUCCUAAGCCUGUUGAUACCGAUGAUGAGGAGUAG